AUGGCGGCUUCCACGGAACAAGAUGGAAAGACAGUCAGCUCCUCGGAUGUGGAUCUAUUACUGCACCCUGAGCUGAUGUCCCAAGAGUUUUUGCAGCUUGUCUUGUGUGGGAAAAACGUCAGCACCAGAGGCUGUGAUAGUCGGGACCGGCUCACAGAGCUUUACCUGCAGCAUGUCAUCCCGCUGCCGCAGAGGAGACUACCGGACAGCCGCUGGGGGAGGAGGAUGGAGAAGAGCCGAGGGAGGCAGUCCUCAGUCGGGCACAGUUCCAGUAACGACCACAGCAGGAAACGGCCUCUGAUCGUGUUUGAUGGCACUUCCUCUCACUCUGGCCCGCUGAAAGUAAAGAAACCAGAGGGAACCGCUGUGUCACCGGGAGCCACUGACAGGUUAAAACCUCCUCCUGCCGCGAACCUGUCCAACCCCGUCCGCAAGAUAUCAGGAAACACAUCCUCCUCUUCCUCUUCAUCAUCCAGUCUUUGCAGCACUGACACAGCAAAUCUCAAACGCGAGGCAAACAGCACGGAUGAAAUGCAUUCUCCAGAAUCGAAGAAAAAGAUCAGCCAUGUGACGUGGCCCUGACCUCUGACCCCUGUUACCACAGACCUGAUGGGAGCUCACACUCUGAAGGACAGACCGCUCUCCUCCCAACAAAUGCUGUCGUCCAGUAUCUGUGCUCUCCCAUCACAGUUAUCCCACUAAUCACAAAAGGAGUGAAAAUCCUCUUUGCCCUUCAUGUGUCACAGCCUUCAGUCUUGAGAGCUGACAGGUAGGCCGGUGCUCUGAAGACCCUCCAGCUUCUGAUGUCAAACGUUUCCUCGUUGCUUUCCACAACCUCAAGUGCCCUUACCAUCCGUUAUCAGCAACUCUCAUCAAGUCCAUCAAUUGAAGACCUUCUAGAGGACAAAACAAGUAACAUGACUUUUGUUUUCUGAAAUAACACUCAUGGAAAUUAUAGUUGUUAUUUAAGUUUUUGUGACGGAUUUGGUUUUGAUCAGAAAGCUUCCAGUACUGCUUUGAAAGGGGUAAACAUGAGUGUGUAAUGAGUUGAAUUUGAUCACCACAACUAUUUAGAAAUGUUUGCUUGCACCAGUUAUCAUUGUUAUUGAGAAAAAAAGGUGCAAACCAUCUGAUGCAGCGAUGGUGCUCUUGCAAAAUACAAGAUAACAGAAGAGAGAAUUGAUACCCUAUGAAUGACAUAUAACAGGCACACAGUCCACAUACGGCAAGUUAAACUAUAGUGUUGUGCUGUCGCAAAGACUACUGGAUUGCUUUCCGUAUCCUACUGCUAUCGACAAAUUUAGCAACUUAUGAACACCAUUAGGUAGAAAUCAAGACCUAUAUUCCAAUAUGUUCCGUUUUAAUUAACUCCCAAUGCUGCUCGGAGUAAUCGAAGUGCACGGAUCUUCUGCCAACAGCCUAACAACCAAUAUGCAGAUCAGUGUUUGCCGUCAUCCUAAGCUAGUGCUAGAUAGUAAGAGGGCUUCUCUGCAUUUAGUUUUACCCGGUAACUUUGGUUGUUUCACCGUCAACUUCUACACUGCUGCGGAUAGUAACUGCAAAAAUAUGCCAUUGAUAGGGCUGUGCAAUUAAUCGUAUUUUAAUCUCGAUUACGAUUUUGGCUUGC